UAAUCAUUUUUCGGAGACUCGAGACUUGUUUCAUACUCUUUCCCUAUUCUUGUAUAGUCUCUCUAAAACAGUGAUGAAAAAGCUGCUACGAACCCCAUAAACUCCAGUGAAAAUAAAAGCAAGAAGGUGAAGAGCCCUUAGUAAAACCUCUUCAGUUCUACCCCCCAAAAAAUAUGGAAGUUACCGACGAUCUUCACUCCCUACUAGACGAACAACGCCGUGAAAUAGCCGCCGCUGAAGCCGCCGAAGACGAUCUUCUCUUCGCUUUUCAACUCCAAAUGGAAGAAGCUAUGUACAAUUCCCUCCCAAAACAUGACCCAAAUUUCGCUUCAAGUUCAAAACUCACUUUUUAUGAUGAUGACGUCAUCCCUAAAAACACGGUUUCCAAUCUCUUCGCUGAGGAAUUGUUGAAGUACGAGCAACAAGUUAAAGACCACGAAAAAGCUGAAGCGGAGAUGAGGAAAAUUGAAGAUGAUCUCAACCGUCGGAUACACGAUCAGGCAUUUGCAAGGGAGAUAAUGAGUGUGCCGGAGGGUCAGUGGAAGGAGACUGGCGAUUAUUUACACAGGCCUUAUGGACAGGUAAAGGUAAAGCAAGAAGGUUCGUCGAAGGGCGCGACAUUGCAAAAUGGGGAUUGUUUUGGAGUUUAUGUGAAGGGUUUAAUGGGAGAAGAUGUUGAAGAGAUAGUUGGGGUUGUUGAGGGGAGAAACCUUGCUGGGAUUGGAGUUGCAGUUUGUGAUCCGAGUGGUAUAUUGGUGUUUGAAGUGAGUAAGAAUUUGGUUAAAGGCACCGAAGAAGUAUUGACUGAUGAUAUUGCAGAGCUGAAAGCACUGAUUGAAGGGCUUGAUGUUGCUGUAAUGCUGGGUCUGAAAAGGGUGAAUGUCUUUUUGGAUAGUCAAACAAUCUUGCAAUAUGUUAGGGGCAAGUCGCGUCCAAGAGAGGGAACUAUUGCUGCACUGGUUGAACAGGCCACUUCUAUUUUAAGAAAAUUUAUGGAUUGUGCACCAUUUCUUGUGACACCGAACACCGUCAACUUUGCAAUUAAACUUGCUACCGAUGCGAUAGUCUCUCAGGUUAAGCAACCAGUAGAAACUCCUCGAAAGAGAAAGAGCAUCACCGAGAGUUGUGCUAUUUGUCUGCAGGACACUGAUGUAGAUCAUAUGUAUCUAAUUAAUGGCUGCCUGCAUUAUUAUUGCUUUUCCUGUAUGAAUAAAUAUGUGGAAGCUAAACUCCUUCAAGGAAUGCUACCUGAAUGCCCUCAUGAUGGAUGCAAGUCUCAGUUGAAAAUAGAUAACUGCAAAAAGUUCUUGACACCCAAGCUAUAUGAUUUGAUGAGUGAACGUGUGAAGGAAAUUACCAUUCCUAUCACGGAAAAGAUUUACUGCCCAAAUACUAAGUGUUCUACAUUGAUGUCAAAAGCUGAGGUCCAAAUUUCUGCCCAAGUUGGGGCCAGAACGUGCACGAAAUGUCACUUUAUUUUCUGUAGCGAUUGCAGAGUUCCUUGGCAUCAAAACAUGACUUGCUUUGAGUAUAGAAGACUGAACCCUUACAAGUGCGUAGACGACUCAAAGCUCAAGUCUCUUGCUACACAGAGUCGUUGGCGUCAGUGUGUAAAGUGUAACCAUAUGGUGUCCCUUUCGGAAGGUUGCUAUCAUAUUUACUGCAGAUGUGGUCAUGAAUUUUGUUACAUGUGCGGAGCUGAAUGGAAGAACAAGAAACCAACAUGCUCCUGCCCAAUAUGGGAUGAAAGAAAUAUCAUUCGUCGAAAUUGACGUCAACCAAGGAGAGGCUGAUCUCGAUAUGACUUCCGGUCUAUUUUGCACCUGAAGUUUUGCAGAGACUAGUCACCAGUGAGAAGAUAUGGGAGUAAAUAUAACUUUUUAUAUGUGCAGUUCUUUUGUUUCAUGGGGCUCUUGUAGUCUUCUUGUAAAUACAUGCUUGCAAGGAUGCUAAUAGUAAGAGAUAUGUCCAAACUCCUCUCCCUUGCUAGGAGUUUUUGGAUUAAAAAACCUUUGCUGAUAGUUUUGAGGAUUCUGUGCUAGUCCAUAGCGCCCUUUUUUCAAUUUAUGAUAUGCCAGUUAACUAGUUAUGACCU